CGCGGUUCGCCACACCCCGAAAAAAGCGAGCUAUACAAAUAGCGUGGCACGGUGGGGGGGCGUUGGCGUUCAGAUCCGAUCAGCGUUGGCGUUCAGAGCGGCGGUUGCGGAGAUGGCGAUCCGAGGGGAGAAUGGCGGUGCGGCGGCUGCGGUGGUGGCACUGGCGGUGGCGUUGCUCAUGGCGGCGGUGACCGGAUCGGCGCAGCAGGUGCCGGCGUGCGCGUCGAAGCUGGUGCCGUGCGCGAACUAUCUGAACUCGACGAGCCCGCCGGAGUCGUGCUGCGGGCCGCUGAAGCAGGCGGCGAAGGAUGAGACGGCCUGCCUCUGCUCGCUCUUCAACGACAAGACCGUCCUCCAGGCCUUCAAGGUUGACAUCGAGCAGGCCCUCAAGCUCGCCAAAAACUGCGGCGUCGACGCCGGCACGUCCAUCUGCUCCAAGUCCAACACCACCGCCACCGCUUCGACUCCGUCUGGGUCCAAUGCUACUACAGGUGGUCCAAUUCAUGAUAGCCAGACCAACAUUGUGUUAUCAAUGUUAUGAAGAAUUCACGCAGUCGUGAGCUGGAAAAAGCUUUUGCUUUGUUGUUGCAGCUCUUGCAUCAUUUGUUAGUUUCUCCAACUGGCCUUGUGUCCAGCCCUUAAUCUGCUUGCAUUUAUACUACUAUGACAUUUAUUUUCUAUGAACAAUUGAAAUAGUUAAGAUUUUAUGAUAUUUGACUGAAUUCUACUCCAUGCUGGGGGUGGUGGACACUAAGUUGUUUACUUAAAUGCCAUAAAAAACUAUAAUCUAUGCACACAUACAGAGA